AGUUCAUUCGUUUCUGAGUAAAGCUCGAAAUUUAGCCAUUUUUGUUUGCCUGAGGGCCCUUAAAAAUGGAGUCUUUGUAAAAUUUGAACCACGAAAUCACUCGUCCCUUCGCUCAGUCUCAAAAAUUUCCUUCAAAUCAUGGCUACAUUACACAUUUUCAGGUCUGCAUUAUGGUUUCAGUACCUGAUUUUUCAUCUUCUAACCCUAUAUCCCAUUUCUGGUUACUCAUUUGUUACCCUAAUCACCAGCAACCCCAAAUUCGAUCCCCAAAUUGUUCUCCUCGGCGACGCCAGGAUAUCCGAUGAUGGUUCUCGUGUGCAACUCACGAACCCUCGUGCCUCAAGCUCUGGUCUUCUCUUGUGCAAGGAUCCCUUUAAAUUUCUCGGUUCCAGUCCCAGCAAAAUGUCGUCGUUUUCCACGGAGUUUGAGUUCACAUUUACUGGUAAUGGGGAUAAUCUUUCUCUUGUUAUGGGUCCCUAUAAUUUUGCAUCAAAAUUUCUGGGUCAAGAUCCAUAUGAGUUUUCAAGAGAGAAAGGGUUUCUGGGUAUCGAAUUUGGCUUUUCAAUGGAUGGCAAUGUAGGUGAAUCUAACACUACUCUUGUAUCUGUAAGUGUUAAUAAUGAAAUGUCCAUGCAUUUGGGGACAAAUAGUGGAGAGAAACUGAAGUCUUGGAUUGACUAUGAUCCGAGUUCCAAAAGAUUAGAGAUUAGGUUAAGUAAAUUUAGUGAUAAAAGGCCAUAUAAUCCCAUUAUUGCAUAUUCGAUUGAUCUGUCAAAAACAUGGGAAGUUAAUGACGUUUAUGUGGCCCUAGGCUCAAGAAAUGGAGGCAACUCCUCAGAGACAUAUUAUGUGUAUUCGUGGAGGUUUAGGUUGAGGAAAUUUCCUAAUUGGAUGCAUUCCUUACCAGUUGAUCCUCAUGGUUCUGUGGAUAAUGGUAAUCAAAGUUUAAGAGUGCAUAGUAGGAGAUUUUGUCCUUUUACUUUUCUUGCUGGGAUGAUUUUCGUGACUGGAUGUGGAGCAUUACUGGCAUUUAUGGUGCUAUUUAUGUGGGCAAUCUUUGUCAACAGGCGCACUGUGUUUCCAAUUGAAGGUGAUGUGCAGCCGGUGGAUUUCAGUUAUAAAAAGGUCAGUGUACUUGUAGAGAAAGAUGGGAAAGUGGUUAAGAAUUAGAACAUCCAGUAUAUGAACUUUUGCUGUGAAUUUAUUUGGCAUUAGUGUUUGUAGUAGAUGAAGCUCUGUUAUGAACUAUGAAGUACUUUGUUGUUUUUUUCCUUAUCCUUAUUGUACUAACUGAUCUAAUGAAACAUACAGUUUCUUGUGUGCA